AUGCCCCGGGCGCUGCUCCUGAGCCUGCUGUUGGCGGUCUCCGCCGCGGCGUCCGGCACGCCCGGGACGGCGCUGCCCUCGGCCACGGGGGACGCCACCCUGGCCAUCGUCUUCGACGUCACCGGCUCCAUGUGGGACGACCUGAUGCAGGUGAUGGAUGGCGCCUCGCGCAUUCUGGAGCGCAGCCUGAGCCACCACAGCCGGGCCAUCGCCAACUACGCGCUGGUGCCCUUCCAUGACCCAGAUGUUGGCCCCGUGACCCUCACAGCGGACCCAGAGGUGUUUCAGAGGGAGCUGAGAGAACUCUACGUGCAGGGUGGCGGCGACUGCCCUGAGAUGAGUGUGGGGGCCAUCAAGGCGGCGGUGGAGGUCUCCCACCCUGGCUCCUUCAUCUACGUCUUCUCGGACGCCCGGGCGAAGGACCACCACCGGAAGGACGAGGUGCUGCAGCUGCUGCAGAUCAAGCAGUCACAGGUGGUCUUUGUGCUGACGGGGGACUGUGGUGACCGCACGCAUCCUGGCUACCUGGCCUACGAGGAGAUCGCUGCCACCAGCUCCGGGCAGGUGUUCCACCUGGAUAAGCAGCAGGUGACAGAGGUGCUGAAGUGGGUGGAGUCAGCGAUCCAGGCCUCGAAGGUGCACCUGCUGUCCACGAACCACGAGGAGGAGGGUGAGCACACAUGGAAGAUCCCCUUCGACCCCAGCCUCAAGGAGGUCACCGUCUCCCUGAGUGGCCCGGGGCCCGAGAUCGAAGUCCGAGACCCUCUGGGGAGGAUUCUGCAGAAGGACGAGGGCCUCAACGUGCUUCUCAACAUCCCUGACUCGGCCAAGGUCGUGGCCUUUAAGCCUGAGCAUCCGGGGCUGUGGUCCAUCAAGGUCUACAGCAGUGGCCGCCAUUCGGUGAGGGUCACGGGCAUCAGCAACAUCAACUUCCGAGCUGGCUUCUCCACGCAGCCCUCCCUGGACCUCAACCGCACCAUCGAGUGGCCGCUGCAAGGGGUGCCCAUCUCCCUGGUGAUCAACGCCACUGGCCUGCAGGCCCCUGGCCGCGUGGACUCCGUGGAGCUCUCACAGGGUUCGGGGCGGGCCCUCCUGACUCUGCCCGUGCAGCCGCUCGCCAACGGAUCCGCCCAUCAGCUGUGGGGUGGGCCGCCCUUCCGUGCCCCAAAGGAGCGCUUCUACCUCAAGGUGAAGGGCAAGGACCACGAGGGGAACCCCCUCCUUCGCGUCUCUGGAGUUGCCUACAGCGGGGGGGCCCCAGGUGCCCCCCUGGUCAGCAUGCCCCUGCGAAUCCACGGCUACCUGCACCAGCCACUGCUGAUCUCCUGCUCCGUGCACAGCGCCCUCCCCUUCCGGCUGCAGCUGCGGCGGCGCGGAGCCCCUCUGGGCCAAGAAAGGCACUUGCUGGAGUCGGGCAACAGCAGCUGGGAGAUCCCGCGGGCCUCCAAGGCCGAGGAAGGCACAUACGAGUGCGAAGCGGCCAGCAGGGCCGGGACCGGGCGCGCCGAGGCCCAGGUUGUUGUCACAGACCCUCCGCCGCAGCUGGUCCCUGCACCCAAUGUGACCGUGUCGCCGGGGGAGACUGCCAUUUUGUCCUGCAGUGUCCUGGGAGAGGCCCCCUACAACCUGACGUGGGUGCGGGACUGGCGAGUCCUGUCGGCCUCGACGGGCAGAGUCACGCAGCUAGCCGACCUGUCCCUGGAGGUCAGCGCCGCCAUCCCCAGUGAUGGCGGGCGGUACCAGUGCAUAGCCAGCAACGCCAAUGGGGUCACAAGGGCAUCCGUCUGGCUCCUGGUGCGAGAGGCUCCGAAAGUCAGCAUUGAUACCAGGUCCCAGCGCUUCUCCCAGGGCAUGGAGGUGAGGGUCCACUGUUUGGCCUCUGGGUCCCCUGCGCCUCAUAUCUCCUGGAGCCGAGACGGUCACACCCUGCAAGAGGACAGCAGAAUCCACGUGGAUGACCAGGGGACCCUCAUCAUUCGAGGAGUGGCCCCAGAGGAUGCUGGGAAUUACAGCUGCCAGGCUGCCAACGAGGUCGGCACGGACGAGGAGACGGUCACCCUCUACUACACAGACAUGCCGUCCAUCUCUGCCGUGAGUGCGGUGGUCCUCACCGCGGUCGGCCAGGAGGCCGUGCUGGCGUGCGAAGUGUCCGGGGUGCCACCACCCCGGGUUGUCUGGUAUCGAGGGGGCCUUGAAGUGAUUCUGGCCCCCGGGGACUCCAGCUCUGGGACGCUUCGGAUCCCUGUGGCCCAGGAGAGGGAUGCUGGCGUCUACAUCUGCCAGGCUGCCAGCGAGCUGGGCGACGCCUCUGCGGAAAUCCGGCUGGAGGUUGGACAUGCGCCCCAGCUGACGGAGCCGCCCCGGAAUGUCACCGUGGAGCUGGGCAGGAGCGCCUUCCUUGCCUGUCGCGCCACAGGCCGCCCGCCCCCAGUGGUCGCCUGGCGCCGGGCAGACGACCGGCCGCUGGAGCCCAGGCGGGGCAGCCGGACCAGGCAGCCAGACUCGGGAGUGCUGUUCUUUGACAGUGUGGUCCCUGAAGACCAGGCCUCGUACAUCUGUGAAGCUCAAAAUGUUUUUGGGAAGGUCCAGGCGGAGACCCGGCUGGUGGUGACUGGACAUGCGCCCCCCCAGAUUGCCAGCAGCGCCUCCACUGUCCGGGUGCUGGAGAGGCAGCCCGUGUCCCUGCCCUGCAUCGUCCUGGCUGGAAGGCCCUUCCCGGAGAGGCGCUGGCUGAAGGCCGGCCGGCCGCUCCCGCCUGGCAGUCGACAUUCCGUUCGAGCUGAUGGCAGCCUCCACUUGGACCAGGUGCUGCAGGAGGAUGCUGGGAAGUACAGCUGCGUGGUCGCUAACUCGGCUGGCUCCCAGCGCAGGGAUGUGGAGCUGGUGGUCCACGUGCCACCUAGAAUCCAGUCCCCCGCCACCCACCACGUCACCAAUGAAGGGGUUCCAGCCUCUCUCCCCUGUGUCGCCUCUGGAGUUCCCACCCCCACCAUCACCUGGACCAAGGAGAGCAAUGCCCUCACCUCCGGCGGCCCCCACUACAACGUGAGCAGGGACGGUACCUUGGUCAUCGCCCGGCCGUCCACCCAGGAUGCGGGGGCCUAUAUCUGCACCGCCACCAACACCGUGGGCUUCUCGAGCCAGGAGAUGCGGCUUUCUGUCAACACCAAGCCCAGGAUCCACGCGAAUUUCUCACAUGAUACAGACCAGCCACUGAGAGUCACAGCUAAGGCCGGUGAUGAGGUGACCUUGGACUGUGAGGCCCAAGGCUCCCCACCCCCAUUGGUCACCUGGACCAAGGACUUCCACCCUGUGCCAGCCGUCACGGACAGGUAUCGCCUUCUCCCAUCCGGCUCCCUGCGUCUGGCCCAGGCCCAGGCCGGGGACAGCGGCCUCUACGAAUGCAGAGCCAGUAACCCCGCGGGGUCGGCCUCCCGACACUACAUCCUCGGGGUGCAAGUCCCUCCGCAGGUGCAGCCGGGCCCUCGGGUCCUGAAGGCCCUGGCGGGGGAAUCACUGGACUUGAACUGCGUGGCCGAGGGUACCCCACCGCCCAGGCUGAACUGGUCCAAGGACGGGGUGGCCCUGUGGGGCAGGGGGCCCAAGGGCUCCAUCCAUUUUGCAGCCAUUCGAACCUCCGAUGCCGGCAUGUACCGCUGUGAGGCCUCCAAUGGCGCUGGGGUGGCCUCCUGGGAGCUGGAGCUCAGGGUGCUGGAGCCACCGUACUGGGGGACUGACGACACCGACGGGCUGCUGGAGAGAGUGGCAGGAGAGAACGCCAGCCUGCCGUGCCCCGCCAGAGGGACGCCCAAGCCACAGGUCACGUGGCGGAAGGGCCCAUCCUCAGAGCCCCUGCUCAGCCGGCCGGGCCUGGCCGUGCUGGACGAAGGCUCUCUGUUCCUGGCCUCGGUCUCUCCCACCGACGGCGGAGACUACGAGUGCCAGGCCACCAACGAGGCCGGCUCUGCGUCCAGGAGGGCCAAGCUGGUGGUCUAUGUGCCCCCCAGCAUCCGCGAGGACGGACGCAGGGCCAACGUGUCAGGCAUGGCCGGGCAGUCCCUGACGCUGGAGUGUGACGCGCAUGGCUUCCCAGCCCCCGAGAUCGUGUGGUUCAAGGACGGGCAGCUGAUGCCCGCGGUGGGCAGCCACCACCUCCUGGACGGGGCCCGGGCCCUCCACUUUCCCAGGAUCCAGGAGGACCAUUCUGGCCUCUACUCCUGCCGGGCGGAGAACCAGGCCGGGACCGCCCAGAGGGACUUCGAGCUGCUGGUGCUCAUCCCACCUUCUGUGCUUGGAGCCGGGGCCGCCCAGGAGGUGCUGGUCCUGGCUGGUGCCGAGGUGGAGUUGGAGUGCCGGACCUCAGGGGUCCCUGCGCCCCAGGUGGAGUGGACCAAGGACAGUCAACCUGUCCUUCCCGGACACCCGCACGUCCAGCUGCAGGAGGACGGCCGGGUUCUCAGAAUCCCCAGCAGCCGCCUGGGGGAUGAGGGGCGGUACCAGUGUGUGGCCUUCAGCCCGGCCGGCCAGCAGGCGAAGGACUUUCAGCUCAGGAUCCACACACCUCCCACCAUCUGGGGCUCCAACGAGACAAGUGAGGUGGCCGCCAUCGAGGGCCACCCGGUGCGCUUCCUGUGCGAGGCCCGAGGAGUGCCGGCCCCGGACAUCGCCUGGUUCAAGGAUGGGGCCCCGCUGCCCCCGAGCCCCGAGGUCGCCUACACCAGAGGCGGCCGGCAGCUGCAGCUUGGGAGGGCCCAAGGUUCAGACUCAGGUGUCUAUACCUGCAAGGCCAGCAACGCCGUGGGGGUCGCAGAGAAGGCCACCAGGCUGGAGGUUUACGUCCCGCCCACCAUCCAGGGUGCUGACGAAGGGCCACACUUAGUGAAGGCGGUGGCCGGGAGACCCUUGGGGCUGGAGUGUGUGGCCAGAGGCCACCCGCCCCCGACCCUGUCCUGGCACCAUGAGGGGCUGCCGGUGGCGGAGAGCAACGGCACCUGGCUGGAGGCGGGCGGCGGUGUGCUGAGCCUGGAGAGCCUGGGGGAGGCGUCCGGAGGCCUGUACAGCUGCGUGGCCAGCAGCCCGUCGGGAGAGGCCGUGCUGCAGUACAACGUGGACGUGCAGGUGCCCCCACAGCUCCUGGUGGCUGAAGGCUCGGGCCAGGUGACCACCCUCGUCGGACAGCCCCUGGAACUUCCCUGCCAGGCCUCCGGCUCCCCAGUGCCCACCAUCCAGUGGCUGCAGAAUGGCCGCCCAGCCGAGGAGCUGACGGGAGUGCACGUGGCCUCCCAGGGGACCGUACUGCACAUCGACCGCGUGGAGCCGGGCCACGCAGGCCUCUUCUCCUGCCAGGCCACCAACGAAGCAGGCACUGCAGGGGCCGAGGUGGAGCUGUCCGUGCAUGAGCUCCCAUCGGUGGUCAUCAUCGGGGAUGACAACAUCACAGCCCCUUUCCUGCAGCCUGUGACCCUACGGUGUACAGGGACUGGGGUGCCUACCCCGAGCCUCCGCUGGUGGAAGGAUGGGGUGGCCCUGGCAGCCUUGGGGGGGACCCUGCAGAUUGAGAAGGCGGACCUGAGGGAUGAAGGGGUCUACACCUGUGCCGCCACGAACCCGGCCGGGGAGAGCAGGAGGGACGUGGUACUCAAGGUCUUGGUGCCCCCCAACAUUGAGCCGGGCCCAGCCAGCAAGGCAGUGCUGGAAAAUGCUUCAGUGACCUUGGAGUGUCUGGCUUCGGGUGUCCCCCCUCCAGACAUCUCCUGGUUCAAGGGCCGCCAGCCUGUCUCGGCCCAGAAGGGAGUCACGGUGUCAGCCGACGGCAGAGUCCUCCUCAUUGAGAGAGCCCAACUGUCUGAUGCUGGGAGCUACCGCUGUGUGGCAUCCAACGUGGCAGGUCACACGGAACUGCAGUACAGCCUGCGGGUCAACGUGCCUCCUCGCAUCACGCUGCCACCCCACCUGCCAGGCCCCGUGCUGCUCGGCGCCCCCGUGCGGCUCACCUGCAAUGCCACCGGGAGACCCAGCCCCACUCUGAUGUGGCUGAAGGAUGGAAACCCCGUGUCCACCGCGGGGGCCUUCGGCCUCCAGGUCUUCCCCGGCGGCCGCGUCCUCACGCUGGCCAGUGCCCGGGCCUCCGACUCGGGCAGCUACUCGUGUGUGGCCGUGAGCGCAGUGGGCGAGGACCGCCGGGACGUCUUCCUGCAGGUCCACACACCCCCCCACAUCCUCGGAGAAGAGCUGAACGUGUCCGUCGUGGCCAACGAGUCAGUGGCCCUGGAGUGCCACAGCCAUGCCGUGCCCCCUCCCGUGCUGAGCUGGCGGAAGGACGGCCGCCCCCUGGAGCCACGACCCGGAGUCCGCCUCUCGGCAGACAAGGCCUUGCUGGAGGUGGACAGAGCAGAGGUGUGGGACGCAGGCCGCUACACCUGUGAGGCGCUGAACCAGGCGGGCCGCUCGGAGAAACACUACAACCUCAACGUCUGGGUUCCUCCAGUGUUCCCCUCCACGGAGCCCCGCACCCUGACUGUGGCUGAAGGGCACCCCGCCAGGCUGUCCUGCGAAUGUCGGGGUGUCCCUUUCCCCAAGAUCACCUGGAGGAAGGAUGGCCAGCCGGUCCCUGGGGCAGGGUCAGGCCCCGAGCAGGCGUCGGCGGUGGGGCGGCUGCUGUACCUGGGCCUGGCCCAGCCAGGCCAUGAGGGCGAGUACACCUGUGACUGCAGCAACGUGGCAGGAAACAGCAGCCGGACCCUGCAGCUGGAGGUGCACGUCCCCCCUCAGAUCGCUGGCCCCCGGGGGCCCCACACACAGGUCUCCGUGGUCCAGGACGGGGAGGCCACUCUGGAGUGCAACGUCACAGGGAAACCCCUGCCCAGGGUGACCUGGGAGCAGGAUGGCCAGCCGGUAGGGGCGGAGCUGGGCCUGCGGCUGCAGAACCAGGGUCAGCGCCUGCACGUGGAGCGGGCGCAGGCUGCCCACACCGGACGCUACAGCUGCGUGGCCGAGAACGUGGCUGGGAGGGCCGAGAGGCGGUUUGCGCUGUCGGUGCUGGUGCCCCCAGAGAUUGUCGGAGACUCGGACCCGCUGACCAACGUCACCGCCGCCUUGCACAGCCCCUUGACGCUGCUCUGUGAGGCCACAGGCGUGCCACCCCCGGGGGUCCGCUGGUUCCGAGGGGAGGAGCCCGUCAGCCCUGGGGAGGACGCCUACCUGCUGGCAGGCGGCUGGAUGCUGAAGAUGACCCGGAUACAGGAGCAGGACAGAGGCCUCUACUCGUGCCUGGCAAGCAACACGGCUGGGGAGGUGCGGAAGAACUUCAGCGUGGAGGUCCUGGUUCCUCCCAGUAUUGAGAACGAGGACCUGGAGGAGGCGAUCAAGGUCCCUGAGGGACACACAGCCCACCUGAUGUGCAACGCCACAGGCCACCCCCAGCCCAAGGUCACGUGGUUCAAAGACGGCCGACCCCUGGCUGGCGGAGACACCCACUACAUUUCUCCAGAUGGCGCCCUUCUGCAGGUCGUCCAGGCCAACCUGUCCAGUGCCGGCCACUACGCCUGCAUUGCAGCCAGCGCCGUGGGGGAGAAGACCAAACAUUUCCAGCUGAGCGUCCUGGUGGUUCCCACCAUCCUGGGGGCGAGCGAGGACAGUGCGGACGAGGAGGUGACCGUGACCAUCAACAACCCCAUUUCUCUGAUCUGUGAGGCGCUGGCCUUCCCCUCCCCCACCAUCACCUGGAUGAAGGACGGGUUGCCCUUUGAGGCCUCAGACAACAUCCAGCUGCUCCCAGGCACCCACGGGCUGCAGAUCCUGAAUGCCCAGAAGGAGGACUCAGGCCAGUACACCUGCGUGGUCACCAACCCUCUGGGGGAGGCCGUGAAGAACUACCACGUAGAAGUCCUCAUCCCCCCCUCCAUCUCCAAAAAUGACUCCAUGGGGGAGGUUGCUGUGAAGGAAGUGAAGACCAAGGUCAACAGCACUUUGACCCUGGAGUGUGAGUGCUGGGCCUCGCCCCCGCCUGCCAUCAGCUGGUACAAGGAUGGACGGCCCGUGACCCCCAGCGAGCGGCUCCGCAUCCUGGGUGAAGGGCGGCUCCUUCAGAUCCAGCCCACGCAGGUCUCCGAUUCCGGGCGCUAUCUCUGUGUGGCCACCAACGUGGCUGGCGAGGAUGACCAGGACUUCAGUGUGCUCAUCCAGGUGCCCCCCAUGUUCCUGAAGGCGGGCGAUGCCAUCGAAGCCUUUGAAAGCCCUUCCUGGGAAGAGGAGGCCCGGGGCGGGGUGACAGAAUACCGGGAGACCGUGGAGAGCAGCCCCGCGUACCUGUACUGCGACACCAGCGCGGUGCCACCCCCGGAGCUGACCUGGUACCGGGAGGACCGGCCCCUCUCAGCUGCAGAUGGGGUGUCAGUCCUGCAGGGAGGCCGGGUCCUGCAGAUCCCCCUGGUACGCGCAGAGGAUGCUGGGAGGUACUCAUGCAAGGCCUCCAAUGAGGUGGGCGAGGACUGGCUGCACUACGAGCUGACGGUGCUGACCCCACCUGUGAUCCUGGGUGACACGGAGGAGCUGGUGGAGGAAGUGACUGUCAAUGCCAGCAGCACCGUCAGCCUACAGUGCCCAGCCCUGGGCAAUCCUGCGCCCACCAUCUCGUGGCUCCAGAACGGGCUGCCUUUCUCGCCGAGCCCAGGGCGGCAGGUCCUGGACGACGGGCAGGUCUUGCAGGUUUCCACGGCAGAGGUGGCCGACGCCGCCAGCUACAUGUGUGUGGCCGAGAACCCAGCGGGCUCUGCGGAGAAGCUCUUCACACUCAGAGUGCAAGUCCCACCACGAAUCGCAGGCCAGAGCUCAGAGCAGGUCACAGCCAUCCUCAAUAGCAGCGUCUCCCUCCCCUGUGAUGUGCACGCUCACCCGAGCCCCGAGGUCACUUGGUACAAGGACAGCCAGGCCCUCUCUCUGGGAGAAGAUGUCUUCCUCCUGCCUGGCACCCACACACUGCAGCUGGCCCGGGCACAGCUGUCAGACUCCGGGAUGUACACGUGUGAGGCCCUCAAUGCCGCCGGCCGAGACCAGAAGCUGGUGCAGCUCCGGGUGCUGGUCCCCCCCACCUUCAGGCAGGCUCCCAGAGGCCCCCAGGAUAGGCUCCUGGUGGAGGCAGGGGACAAGGCUGUUCUGAGCUGUGAGACAGACUCACUCCCUGAGCCAGCUGUGACCUGGUACAAGGACGGACGGCCCCUGGUCCCGGCGCAGCGGACCCAGACUCUGCAGGGUGGACAGAGGCUGGAGAUCCUGGACACCCAGGUGGCAGAUAAAGGUCUGUACAGCUGUAAAGUCAACAACGUGGCUGGAGAGGCCAUGCGGACGUUCGUCCUCACUGUCCAGGUGCCUCCAGUGUUUGAGAACCCCAAGACGGAGACAGUGAGCCAGGUGGCUGGGAGCCCCCUGGUCCUGACCUGUGAUGUGACUGGCGUCCCUGCCCCCACCGUCACUUGGCUGAAGGACAGAAUGCCCAUUGAGAGCAGUGUGGUGCACGGCGUGGUCUCCCGUGGGGGCCGCCUCCAGAUGAGUCGCCUGCAACCGGCCCAGGCUGGCACCUACACCUGCGUGGCCGAGAACGCCCAGGCCACGGCCCGCAAGGACUUCAUAGUGGCUGUGCUGGUGGCCCCCCGGAUCCGGAGCUCAGGUGCCACGCAGGAGCACAGCGUCCUGGAGGGGCAGGAAGUGCGCCUGGACUGUGAGGCUGAUGGGCAGCCACCACCGGAGGUGACCUGGCUGAAGGAUGGUGGCCCGCUGGGCCGGGGCGUGGGCCCCCACCUCUGGUUCUACCAGGACAGCAACUCCCUGGUACUGAAGGGCCUGAAGGCCUCAGACUCGGGCGCCUACACCUGCGUGGCCCACAACACGGCCGGGGAGGACGCCAGUCUGCAUGCCGUGAACGUGCUGGUGCCUCCCAUCAUUGAGCAAGGUACAGAGGGCGUGGGGCCCCUGGUGGGCAGGGCUGGGGAGAUGGUGACUCUGGCGUGCCCUGUCCGGGGCUCCCCACCCAUCCACGUGAGCUGGCUCAAGGACGGCCUGCCCCUCCCACUCUCCCAGCGCACCCAGCUCCAUGGCUCCGGCCGCGUCCUCAGGAUUUCCCAGGUGCAGCUGACAGAUUCUGGCAUCUUCACCUGUGUGGCCGCAAGCCCAGCUGGCGUGGCCGACAGAAACUUCACCUUGCAGGUGCACGUGCCCCCAGUCCUGGAGCCAACAGAGUUCCAGAAUGACGUGGCGGUGGUCCGUGGCUCCCCGGUGGUUCUCCCCUGUGAAGCCCAAGGCCACCCCCUGCCCCUGGUAUCGUGGAUGAAGGAUGGGAAGCCCUUGCUGCCCCAGAGCCUCGAACAGGGGCCCGGCCUGCAGCUGGAGCAAGCAAGAGCUGAGGACUCGGGGACCUAUUCCUGCGUGGCCGUGAGCGAGGCAGGGGAAGCGAGGAGGCAUUUCCAGCUGACAGUGAUGGAUCCCCCCCACAUCGAGGACGCAGGCCAGCCUGCAGAGCUGUUGCUCCCCCUUGGCACCCCCUUGGAGCUUCGCUGUGAUGCCCGGGGCACCCCCUUGCCCAACGUCUCCUGGCAUAAGAACGGACAGGCCCUGAGCAGCCAGGAGGACAGCAAAGGGGCUGGGCAGCUGCUCCGGGUGGAGGCUGUGCAGGUGGGCGAUGGUGGGCUGUAUACUUGCCUGGCCCAAAGCCAGGCCGGUGAAGUCGAGAAGAGCUUCCGGGUCAGGGUUCAAGCCCCUCCAAAUGUCAUUGGACCCCGAGGUCCCCGCUUCGUGGUUGGCCUGGCCCCGGGACAGCUGGUUCUGGAAUGUUCUGUGGAGGCUGAUCCAGCCCCUGAGAUUGAGUGGCACCGAGAUGGCAUCCUGCUGCAGGAAGAUGCCCACACACAGUUCCGAGAGCAGGGCAGGUUCCUGCAGCUGCAGGCCCUGAGCAUGGCCGACAGUGGUGACUAUAGCUGCACCGCCCACAACGCCGCGGGCAGCACCAGUGUGGCGUUCCAAGUGGAGAUCCACAUGGUGCCCACCAUCCAACCGGGACCCCCAGCAGUGAACGCCUCCGUGAACCAGACGGCCCUGCUGCCCUGCCAGGCGGUUGGGGCUCCCCAACCCCUCAUGAGCUGGCGGAAGGAUGGGGUCCCCCUGGAUCUCAGGAGCCCCAGGUUGCAGGUUCUGCCCGAGGGCUCCCUGAGGAUCCAGCCAGUCCUUCCCCAGGAUGCCGGCCACUACCUCUGCCUGGCGUCCAAUGCUGCAGGCUCCGACCGGCAAGGCCGUGACCUCCAGGUCUUUGAGGCUCCGGCCAUCGCCCCCAGCCCCUCCGACCUAACCCUGACGGCCUACGCCCCCGCCUCACUGCCCUGCGAGGCCAGUGGCUCGCCCAAGCCCCUGGUGGCCUGGUGGAAGGAUGGACAGAAGCUGGACUUCCGCCUGCAGCAGGGCACCUACCGGCUCCUGCCCUCCAACGCCCUGCUCCUCACAGCCCCCAGCCCCCAGGACACGGCCCUGUUUGAGUGUGUGGCGAGCAGUGAGGUGGGCGAGGCCCGCAGGCUGUACCAGGUGACCGUCCACGUGCCCCCCACCAUUGCUGACGACCAGACGGACUUCACUGUGACCACGAUGGCGCCUGUGGUCCUCACGUGCCACAGCACAGGCGCGCCAGCCCCAGCGGUGUCCUGGAGCAAGGCGGGCGUCCCCCUGGGGGUGCGGGGGAGUGGCUAUCGGGUCUCCCCUUCGGGUGCCCUCGAGAUCAGGCAGGCCCUCCCCAUCCACGCCGGCCGCUACACCUGCACGGCCCAAAAUGCCGCAGGCGUGGCCCGCAAGCACGUGGUCCUGACCGUGCAAGCCUCCCCCGUGGUGAAGCCAUUGCCCAGUGUGGUUCGGGCCCUGGCGGAGGAGCAGGUGCUGCUGCCUUGCGAGGCCUUGGGUGUCCCCCGGCCAAGCAUCACCUGGCAGAAGGAGGGGCUCAGCAUCCCUGCAGGAGGGCACAACCAGGUCCUACCUGGAGGACAGCUGUGGAUUAUCCAUGUCAGCCCAAAGGAUGCCGGGAACUACUUUUGCAUCGCCCAGAACAGUGCAGGCAGCGCCGUGGGCAAAACUCGGCUGGUGGUACAAGUCCCUCCUGUGAUCGAGGCUGGCCUCCCCGACAUGUCCGCGAUCGAAGGCUCCCACGCCCUCUUGCCCUGCACUGCCAGGGGCAGCCCCGAGCCUGACAUCACGUGGGAAAAGGACGGCCUGCCUGUGUCUGCAGCAGAGGGCAAGUUCACCGUCCAGCCCUCCGGGGAGCUGCUGGUGAAGAACUCAGAGACCCAGGACGCUGGCACCUAUACCUGCAUAGCCGAGAACCCUGUGGGCCGCGCCCGCCGCCGUGUGCACCUCACCAUUUUAGCGCUGCCCGUCUUCACCACCCUGCCCGGGGACCGAAGCCUGGGCCUCGGGGACAGACUGUGGCUUCGCUGUGUGGCCCGAGGCAGCCCUACCCCUCGCAUUGGCUGGAUUGUCAACGACCAGCCAGUUACAGAGGGUGUGUCCGAAGAGGAUGGGGGCAGCACGCUGCAGAGGGUGGCCGUCACCAGAGAGGACAGAGGAACCUAUGUCUGCUGGGCCGAGAACAGUGUGGGCCGUGUGCAGGCGGUCAGCUUCGUCCAUGUGAAGGAGGCUCCUGUCCUGCAAGGGGAGGCCUUCUCCUACCUGGUGGAACCUGUUGGGGGCAGUGUCCGACUGGACUGUGCGGUCCGAGGGGACCCAGCACCUGACCUCCUCUGGAUCAAAGAUGGCCUUCCGCUGCGGGGCAGCCGUCCCCGGCUCCGGCUGCAGAAUGGCUCGCUGGCCAUCCGCAGGACAGAGAUGGAUGACGCGGGGCAGUACCAGUGCCUGGCGGAGAACGAGAUGGGCGCCGUGGCGAAAGUGGUGGUCCUCGUGCUGCAGAGUGCCCCCGUGUUCCAGGUGGAGCCCCAGGACGUGACGGCGAGGUCUGGGGAGGAUGUAGCCCUGCGGUGCCAGGCCACUGGAGAGCCGGUGCCCACGGUGCAGUGGCUGCGUGCGGGCCAGCCCCUGCAGGCCAGCCGGCGGCUCCGGGCCCUGCCAGACGGGAGCCUGUGGAUGGGGCGAGUAGAGAGGAGGGACGCGGGAGCAUACGAGUGCGUCGCUCACAACCUCCUGGGCUCUGUCACGGCCCGGGCGUUCCUGGUUGUGAAAGGGGAGCCCCGGGGGGCCCAGGGCAGCAUGACGGGGGUGAUCAAUGGCCAGGAAUUCGGCGAGGCCACCCUCAACACCACUGUGCUGCAGGAGGCACGCUCCGGGCUCACCACCUUCCGGAGCAGCAUUGACCACAUCCCUGCGACUGUGGGAACUCUGAUGCGGGCCCUCGUGGUCACCAUUGCCCCCAUCUACUGGGCAUUGGCCGGAGAGACCGGAGCUGCCCUGAACGGCCAAUCUCUGACAGGAGGCAGCUUCCGACAGGAGUCGCACUUGGAGUUUUCCACAGGGGAGCUGCUCAGGAUGACCCAGGUGGCCCGGGGCCUGGAUCCCGAUGGCCUCCUCCUCCUCGACGUGGCGGUCAAUGGCGGCGUCCCCGAGAGCCUAGCUGGCGCAGACCUUCGCGUUCAGGACUUCCAGGAGCUGUACGUGCAGACAGGGCCCGGCCGGCUGUUCGUGGGCUCCACGCAGCACUUCCUGCAGGACAGCAGGCCGCUGUCCCUGCGCUGCAACCACAGCAUCCAGUACGACGCAGCCCGGGGCCCCCAGCCCCAGCUGGUGCAGCACCUGCGGGCCUCAGCCGUCAGCUCGGCCUUCGACCCCGAGGCUGAGGCCCUGCGCUUCCAGCUCACCACUGCCCUGCAAGCUGAAGAGAAUGAAGCUGGCUGCCCGGAGGGCUUUGAGCUGGACCCCCAGGGAGAGUUCUGCAUGGAUGUGGACGAGUGUGCGUGGGACACUGGCCUUUGCCCAGAGGGGCAGCGCUGCGUGGACCUGAUCGGCUCCCACCGCUGCGUCCCCGACUGCAGGCCUGGCUUCCGGGCGGCUGCCGAAGGGACCGGCUGUGAAGACGUGGACGAGUGUCUGGAGCAGUCGGAUGAGUGCCACUACAAUCAGAUCUGUGAGAACACGCCAGGCGGGCACCGCUGCAGCUGCCCCAGGGGGUACCGGGUCCAGGGCCCCGGCCUGCCCUGCCUGGACCUCAACGAGUGUCUGCAGCUGCCCCAGGCUUGUGCCUACCAGUGCCGCAACCUCCAGGGUGGCUACCGCUGUCUGUGCCCGCCGGGCCACACCCUCCUCCCGGAUGGCAAGGCCUGCACCUGGCUGGAGCAGAGCGCACAAAACAUGACCACCAUCAGCCACUUGGGCCCCUCGGUGUCCUGGCUGCGGCCCCGUGCCCCCAUCUCCAGUGGCUCCUACCACGCCUGGGUCUCCCUCCGGCCGGGCCCCGGAGCCCUGAGCAGCGCUGGCCGGGCCUGGUGCCCCCCUGGCUUCAUCCGGCAGAACGGCAUCUGCACAGACCGGGACGAGUGCCAGGUGAGGAGCCUGUGCCAGCACGCCUGCCAGAACACCAAGGGCAGCUACCGGUGCCUGUGCCCUGCCGGCUACCGCCUCCUCCCCAGCGGGAAGAACUGCCAGGACAUCAAUGAGUGUGAGGAGGACGGCGUCCAGUGUGGGCCUGGCCAAAUGUGCUUCAACACCAGAGGCAGCUACCAGUGUGUGGACACGCCCUGCCCUGCCACCUACCGGCAGGGCUCCAGCCCAGGGACGUGCUUCAGGCGCUGCUCGCAGGACUGCAGCGCCGGCCCCUCCACUCUGCAGUACAGGCUGCUGCCGCUGCCCCUGGGCGUGCGCGCCCAGCACGAUGUGGCCCGCCUGGCUGCGUUCUCCGAGGCCGGCGUCCCCGCCAACCGCACCGAGCUCAGCGUGCUGGAGCCGGACCCACGAAGCCCGUUCGCACUGCGUCAGCUGCGCGCAGGCCUCGGCGCGGUCUACACCCGCCGUGCGCUCACCCGCGCCGGCCUGUACCGGCUCACCGUGCGUGCAGCGGCACCACGCCACCAAAGCAUCUACGUCUUGCUCAUUUCCGUGUCCCCGUACCCCUACUGAGGGGCGGGGCUAUUGGCUGCAGCUUUGGGGCGGAUGACCUGCGGGGAUGGGAGGUGGGAGGGCACCCAAGUAACCCCUCACCGCCCAGGCGGGGCCCCUG